UUUAUCAGUAUUCGCACCUGCGCAUUACCUUAAAUUAUUAAAUGUUUGUGUUCGUGGUGUGAUAUAAAAAUAUUCCCUAUCGUUAUUUUCCUCAUACGGUCGGAUCUAAAUGCCGCAAAAUGGAUAGAAAACAACCCGGUCAUACUCAGCCCCUGUGGGACCGAACGAGUAAAACCCAAGACCGUCUGCGAGAGCCGAAAUCCGCGAAUGUUUCGGGUGGUGUCGCCGUCACCAACAACCACAACCACCAGGACGGCCGCGGCGGCUCCCACAGUCAAAACAACCCGAAUCCGAAUAAUACGACGAGCGGGUUAAACGUGAACGCGCCCGAAUUCGUGCCCACUUGGCUCAAAUCCCCCGUGAUGGAUUUGCAACAGCAGUUCCAAAAUGUCCAAAUUGCCGUGGGCGAGGUGCCACCGCCGUCCAGGACCAGUGCACAGGACAGGCUACAUAAGUACAAGACAUCUGGACAUAGUAAUGAGCACGCCGCCCGGUGUUAUAAUGACACCAAUCCCAUAAUGAACGGAUGCGGAGACGAAGACGACUCGACAGACCUUAUGAGAUUAAAAAACAUCAUUAAGUCCCUAAAAAUAUAUCCCGGACAAUUCGAUGACCUAUUGGAAGUGUUCAUGGAAAGCAUUUUCCCUUAUUUUAAUGAUGUGUUUACCAUGGCGAAAAUUGCACAGCUUUUAAUUGGACAGGCCGUUAAUUGUCCAAAUUUCCAUUAUACUGGUGUACGUUUAUGCUGGUAUGUAGAGCAGCAAUGUCCAGAAUUCCGUGCGGAAUUACACCUGAGAUGUCAAAAGGAAAUGCAAGAAAAUCCCAACCAGCAAAAUGUGGCACUCUUUAUUGCUGAAUUAUAUACCCAGCUACCCCAUGACAAUCUCUAUGGGUCGCUUUUAAUCGAGUCACUAACGGGGUUGUUGAAUAUUGGCGGAAAUGAUAAUGUUAAGUGUGUUUGUCAAGCACUGAAGUUGACAGGUUUCUCACUGGAACAAAACAACAAACAGGCACUGGACGAUUUAUUCGCGAAAUUAAAAAGCAUGAAAAAUUCAGUUUCGGGAUCCGCGUUACAUUUACUGGAAUCGGUGGUGAACUUGAGGGAGGCGAACUGGGGUAGGGCCACCGAAUCAAAUUCUGAGUCGUCCGACUAUUAUGACCAGAAUUGUGAGGAAAUCGUUAACGAGAUUCUGUAUGAGAGUGACGGCUUGAUCUUUACUACUGAAGAGCAAGAGUUUUUAGUGACGCAUGCUAGUAAUCACGAUGAUUACAUGAUUGAUAACGAUGAUCCCGACGCUCUAUACGAUCCUGAACCGGAAAUGACCGAGGAAAUGCAAGCAGACUUCAAAGAGUUCGUUAAACUAAGCAAGGGCUGAGUGAGAGUGACUUUUUUUAAUUAAUUAAUUAGUAGUCUGUACCGAUGAUGUAUAUUUAUUUCGAGUUUUAACGGUGAUUUUGAUAUAGUUUUGUAUUGAAUAACGUAGUCUUAACCUCACGAGCUUACGUUCCUUCCGUUUUAAACAACCAAAUUUUUCGUGUAGACUUUGUGUUAUUUCCCCGCUUAGUUUAGAUUUAAAUGCCGCCCCAAUUAAGUAUAUUAGUGACGAAAAAAGAUCUCUUGAUUCAUUGUUAAAAGUUAUUUGCGAAAUUUUCGUAUGUUAGGGCGUCCUCUCGAAGAAGCAACAACAGUAGGUUCCCGAAUCUUUAGGUUUGUCGUAUCGAAACGAAAUUUGUGUAGUUGUGAUUUUUGUUUAUUUAAUGUUUUUAGACUGUAUUGUAAAAAAAAAGUGCGGCAUAAUGAUAAGGUAAUCAUUUAAUAAAGUAAUUAUAGUAUCAUAAA